AUGUAUCAGCUGGAUCAUCAAACAAUAUCCCAUCACUGCCGUAUGCAUGUUCUUUGUGAGAUCAGUGGUUCUAAAACCAUAGACCCUCAUACCCCGUCAUUGUGUCAUGUCCAGCACUCGGCCAGGAUUUUAUCAGCAAGUAAUGUUCCAGUCAAUGGUCCAGUCAAUGUUCCACUCAAUGUUCCACUCAAUGUUCCAGUCAAUGUUCCAGUCAAUGUUCCAGUCAAUGUUCCAGUCAAUGUUCCAGUCAAUGCUCCAGUCAAUGUUCCAGUCAAUGUUCCAGUCAAUGCUCCAGUCAAUGUUCCAGUCAAUGCUCCAGUCAAUGUUCCAGUCAAUGUUCCAGUCAAUGUUCCAGUCAAUGUUCCAGUCAAUGUUCCAGUCAAUGUUCCAGUCAAUGUUCCAGUCAAUGUUCCAGUCAAUGUUCCAGUCAAUGUUCUAGUCAAUGUCCCAGUCAAUGUUCCAGUCAAUGUCCCAGUCAAUGCUCCAGUCAAUGUUCCAGUCAAUGUUCCAGUCAAUGUUCCAGUCAAUGUUCCAGUCAAUGUUCCAGUCAAUGUUCCAGUCAAUGUUCCACUCAAUGUUCCAGUCAAUGUUCCAGUCAAUGUUCCAGUCAAUGUUCCAGUCAAUGUUCCAGUCAAUGUUCCAGUCAAUGUUCCAGUCAAUGUUCCAGUCAAUGUUCCAGUCAAUGUUCCAGUCAAUGUUCCAGUCAAUGUUCUAGUCAAUGUCCCAGUCAAUGUUCCAGUCAAUGUCCCAGUCAAUGUUCUAGUCAAUGUUCUAGUAAUGUUCUAG